GCUUCCUGUCGCCGCGAUCCGAGCCCUGGGCUUUGGGCGCCCGGGCGCCGGAGGCUUCCCGGUGCGCUCCGCCAGGAUGGCAGUAGGUCUGUGCGUGCAGGUGCUGUGCAGCCUGGGUGGCUGGCUUUCACUCUACACAUCUUUCUGCUGCCUGAACAAGCACCGAAGCUGUGAGUGGAGCUGUCGGCUGGUGACCUUCACCCACGGAGUCCUCUCCAUAGGUCUGUCUGCUUAUAUUGGCUUCAUCGACGGCCCUUGGCCUUUUACCCACCCAGGCUCACCGAACACACCUCUCCAAGUUCACGUUCUGUGUCUUACCUUGGGCUACUUCAUCUUCGACUUGGGCUGGUGCAUCUAUUUCCAGUCCGAGGGUCCCCUGAUGCUGGCUCAUCAUACACUGAGCAUCCUGGGGAUCAUCAUGGCCCUAGCACUUGGGGAGUCAGGCACAGAGGUCAAUGCUGUACUCUUUGGAAGUGAGAUCACCAACCCACUGCUCCAGAUGAGAUGGUUUCUCCGGGAAACUGGCCACUAUCACAGUUUCACGGGGGAUGUGGUGGACUUCCUCUUUGUGGCGCUGUUCACGGGUGUGAGGAUCGGUGUGGGCGCUCAUCUCCUUUUCUGCGAAAUGGUCUCACCCACCCCCAAGUGGUUUGUGAAGGUUGGGGGUGUGGCGAUGUAUGCUGUGUCUUGGUGCUUCAUGGUUAGCAUCUGGCGCUUUGCGUGGAAGAAAAGCAUCAAGAAGUACCAUGCGUGGAGAAGCAGACGGAAUGAGGAGCGACAGCUAAGAUACAAUGGGCAUCUCAAGACACACUAGUCAAGGCUUGUUCCCAGUCAAUGGAUUGGAUUGAACUGGUCAUGGGACCAGGGUCAGAAACAGAGCUGAGCUUAUAGGGCUUAGAAAGCGAGCACUUUAGGUUUCAAAAAAGGGCUAAAGGUAUGGUCAUGACGUCAGUCAGUUUCCAGGCCAAGCAUAUGCAGUCUUGAAACACCUACUCCUGUAAUGGCACUUGUACCCCCUCAGUGAUGAUUGACAAGUGGACAGAACUGUUUAGUGAUGACCACUGUCACUUGUUUUUUGGGUCCCCAUGUUCAUUGGAGACCUUGAUAUUCAGAAAGCUCUGAAAAGAACUUGAGUCAAAUCAGUGCUGUUUCUUGUUCUUUUGGAAAUAACUCCUUCCCCACAUUUACUCCCGAUUUCCAUGAGACAUUUUAAGUAUGCUCAUCCCAUGUAAAGGGAGGGGCUCUGAGGAAGGGCAUUCAAGUAUCUGUGAAUGGGAGCUGUUAUGCCAAGAGGGACAGGGAGGUGGGAGUGAAGCUAGCAAUGGCAGGAACUUCUCACUGCGUCUCCCUUCACUGACUGCGUCAGAGGUUCCCAAGGGCACCCUUGGCUUCCAUGAUUCAUCAAGAAGACUCGGGGCUUUCAUCUGCGAUGAUGAAAGGAUCCAGAGAAGACCCAGCGAAGGGAAAAGAUCCUUUGUCAAGGCUCAUCUAAGCACUAGCUUCCAGUCUCCUACUUGGAUAUACAGGAGUGAUUCAUGACAACACACAUCAAACACUUGGUGUCCCGAGCUUUGACGGCAAUAGGUCAUGUAGGCACCUUCUGAGUAGCAUGGGGCAACAUUCAAGAUUCCCCAAAGCGGUCAUUUGGCAUAAGCCAUAGUGUUUCAGAAACAGUUUAGGAACAGAGAGGCAAUCUUAAGAGUUUCUGGUGGGAGCCCUCGCCAACGUUCCAAGCAGGCCUCUGCAAGGAUAGCAGCUCAGGAUUCCUGUGUUAACUCCGUGUGCACAGAAAACGUAGAGCUAGUGCUUCGGAUGCAAGAUGAGUGAGAUGUGGGUAGAUUUAGAUUUACUUGGUCCAGUUGUACGGGUUCUGCCCGACCAGGAAGGGUAUGCCAGUUCUCAGGGCUUUUGUGAAUUAAUCUGCUAGGCAUGAGAGGCCAUGGCUAAAUUCCACGGGGAUUUACCAUGUGGAUUCCACUGGACUUGAGACAGAGUUCAGGUUUCAGCUCCUGGUACAUACUGCAAACUAGAACCAAAGAUUUUAAUGUAUGUGAUAGCCUCAGGCUAUUUCCUUCCUUCCUUCCUUCCUUCCUUCCUUCCUUCCUUCCUUCCUUCCUUCCUUCCUUCCUUCUUUCCUCUAUCUCCCUCCUUUCUUACUUUUUCUUUGUUUUAGAUCCCCACUCCCCCUUUUUUAAAAUCACCUUUUCCCUUCUCCUGAGACCCCAUCUUGCUUGUAUAGUUCAGGCUGGUCUUGAACUCGAUUUUUCCACUGAAGCUUCCUCCGGGCUAGGAUUACAAUCCUGUGCCACCAUGCCCGGCUCCAAUGUAGGGCUUUAAUGGAAAAAAAAAAAAGUAUUAUCUGUUUGUGUAUUUGUUAUCUUUCCCAUGUUGUUUGGAUCAGUGGUGACUGGUUAAUUCAGGUGGUAAGCCAGGAGAUAGGGCUACUGAAGAAGCCAGGUUAAAGGUCAGAGAGAAGUGUCAGUCUACCCUAUAGUCACUGGAGACACUAACCCAAUGAGCAGCAUUAGCUACAAAAACCAGUCAUAAGGGAGGUUGUAAUCAUAGACAUUCUUGCAAGUGGAAAGGGUCCUUGAACAGUAGCUAAAGAGGUAUCUUUUAGCUGUUGGGCUUUCGUUUUUUUUUUUUUUUUUGGUUUUCUGGACAGAUAGCGCCAUGCCUCCUUUUCUCUGAUUUGUGUCCCAGAUAUGUUGGUGGUGUGUUCCUUUGAGAAGUCUUUUUUUUUUUUUUUUCUUUUUCAGAGCUGAGGACCAAACCCAGGCCCUUGGGCUUUCGAGGCAAAGCGCUCUACCACUGAGCUAAAUCCCCAAUCUCUGGUGGUGGUGUGUUCCUUUCCAGCAAAACUGUGGGCAGAACUGGAAACUGGGGAAUGCUGACUUCAUCAAAAGCAGAGUCAAAAAGAGUGGCUUGGCACACAGGCAUAAAGAAACAAACAAAACAAAACUAGCUUUUGUAUUUUUGGCACCGUGUAACCUGCUCCAGACCAGACAAGUGAGCAGGCUUAAUCUAAUUAAUACUGUUCCUUUCUCCCUCCCGCCUCAGAAGUAAAGGGUUGUAGAUCUUUCUGUUUGAGGCAAACUCAAGGAAAUGCCUGUAAGUUUUUAUUUAUUUAUUUUUGAUAACAAGACACCUGAGCGAGUGAUAAGUGGGGAGGAAUUCCUCAUUUCAGCUCUGCAAACUAUGUUUCUAACUAGUAACUAUGAGGAAAUUCAGAGAUUAAAAACCUCGUGAAGAUGACUCAGCAGUUAAGAGGCUGCCUGUUUUUACAACACAGGUAAAUGAAGGGCAGACUAGUGUGCGAUGUGUCCCCAGACACAAAGGGGAACACUUACUUGCAUUUGAAUUACUGUGUAAUCAUCCCUGAUAUUGCUCAAGAAGGAUUUAUAUUUCAAUACGAUUUGUACUAAAUUUUAUAAAAAUAAAAUAACUUUA